AUGGAAAGGGAAGAAGAAAAUGAAGAAGCAAAAACGUCCUCCUCUUCUUUAUUCCCUCUCUUUUCAGCAGCAGCAGCUUCUUCUCUGUCAUCUGUAACUCAACUACAAACAAGCACACCUGUAAACGACACCGUUCAUCCUCCUCCGGCAUGGCUUUGCAACACCAGCUUUACCACCGAUCUCUCCAUCGUAAACGACGCCGUUUCCUCUCUCCAGCCACCACACCAAUCAGAUUCAGACCUAGAAGAAAAUAAAAAUGACCGCGUUUCCGAUCAAGCCAAAAAUCAACCUUACCCAUUGGUAGAAGAACCAGAAAAAGAAAAGGAAAGAGAAGCAAAAUAUUCUCGUUCUGAUUCGGAUUAUUCGGGUUCGGAUUCGGGUAGAGAGAGAAAGAAGACUAAGAAAAGACGACAUAGCAAGAAGAAGAAGAGAAAGAGAUCGAGAGAUGAGGAAGCUAGGGAUUUUGGUUCGAGGAAAUCAAAUGUCAGGGUUUGGGCGGAUUCGCAUACGAAAACUACUAAGGAUUAUUAUUUUGAUGCCCAUGGUGAUCGCGAUAAUUUGGUCUAUGGCUCCCUUUACAGGUAUUCGUGCGCAAACGCUCGUAUUUUUUAG